AUUAUUUUAAAAAAUAUGUCUUAUUAAUUUGGAGGAAGCCAACUUUAGACUUAAAGUGUACCAAAUGCCAAAUAUAAAACGAUGUUAUGCCGACAUUAUUUAGGUAUUAAGAUGUAUAAGAAAAGCUACUAAAUAAUGUGCAAUUGGAUCUAAAUGUUAAUUUGCUCAUGGUACUUCAGAGCAAAGAUAAAUGAAUGGUAUAAUUUAUAAUAAAUAAAAUCAGAUCCUUUACCUGCAUCUGCUUUAUCAGCUAUGACAACUGGUAUAGAACAACCUGUCAAUAAACCUUAAUUAUCUGUAUUUUAAAGUAUAAAUUGAAGAAUUUAAAUUCAGUUCCAUGCAAAUAUCAUGCCUAAAAUUUCUGUAAAAAUGGAUCAAAUUGUUAAUAUAUGCAUGGUAUUCAAUUUUAAUUAAAUCAGACUCUGAAACAUCUUAAUAACCAAAUUUAAUCAAUCAUUAAUAAAAUUAAGUGAUUUCGUCCCCCCUUCCCUAAACCAUACAAGAAGAUCCAAUAUAAAUAGUUUUUUAGCUAAUUUUAAUUGAGAUGUAAUAGAUAUUUCUAUAAGAUGUGAGUUAUAUAUAUAAAGUAUAGGAAAUAAUAUAAAAAUUAAAGAUAGCAUUUGAUCAAACAAAAAUAGGAAAUCUUAUUAAUGCUUCUGAAUGCAUCAAAAGUAUUAUUCAUGCUCCAGAACGCACACAUGAGGAAAUAAUUAAAUAUACAAAUCUCUAUAAUUAGGCAAUAAUGUAUUUUAAUCAAAUCUCAUAAGCGAAUUGA